AUGCCGUCGUUGAACUGUAAGACCGUGAUGAAUUUGUUGCCGGCGGCGCCCUCUUGUUCGUUUUCUACUUCUUCUUCUUCGUCUUAUUCUUCUUUCCCACUGAAAUCGAUUAAUUUCAAGUUGGCGUCAAUCUUCGCAUCUGCCGGCGCAGCCAGAAGGGUCGUCAGCGCGUCGUCCUCUUAUUCGUCCGCCGCAGCUCCUCCGUUGACCAUGGGCGAUGUCACAGCUGAUUCAGCCAUGGACGCCGUACAGAGACGCCUGAUGUUUGAGGACGAAUGUAUAUUGGUUGAUGAGAAUGAUUGCGUUGUUGGCCAUGAUACCAAAUACAAUUGCCACUUGAUGGAGAAAAUCGAGUCAGAAAAUUUGCUGCACAGAGCUUUCAGUGUGUUUCUGUUUAACUCAAAACACGAGUUAUUGCUUCAGCAAAGGUCUGCAACAAAGGUGACAUUUCCUAUGGUGUGGACAAACACAUGCUGCAGUCAUCCCCUAUACCGAGAGUCUGAGCUUAUUGAAGAAAAUGCUCUCGGGGUGAAAAAUGCUGCACAAAGGAAGCUGUUGGAUGAACUGGGUAUCCCUUCAGAAGAUAUUCCAGUUGAUCAGUUCAUUCCAUUAGGUCGUAUGCUGUACAAAGCGCCUUCUGAUGGGAAGUGGGGAGAAUAUGAAUUGGACUAUCUUCUGUUUGUCACACGUGAUGUUAGCGUUCAACCAAACCCAGAUGAAGUGGCCGAUAUCAAAUAUGUGAAUCGUGAACAACUGAAAGAGAUUCUAAGGAAAGCAGAUGCUGGCGAUGAAGGCGUGAAGCUAUCCCCGUGGUUCAGAUUAGUUGUCGAUAAUUUCCUCUUCAAGUGGUGGGAUCAUGUUGAGAAAGGGACUCUACAGGAAGCAGCCGACAUGAAAACGAUUCACAGGCUUUAG